GCCGUGUUGCGCUCACUCAACCAAAUCCAAUCCCGGCGGAGGGAAGCGUCGUCUAAAUUCCAACCCUAGGCCAUGGCGAAUGCGGCUUCAUCCGCAUCGUCGCCGGGGGCAGGUCCCUCCUCCUCGCCGCAGGCCGGUGGAGACGGGGGAGGGGACGCGCACACGCCGCGGCAGCGGCAGGGCCGGCCCCCGCGCGCCGGCUCCGACCCGCUCCUCAUCGUCUGCGGCUGCUUCAGCGUCGUCACGGUCGCCACCGCGCUUCUCUGCGUCGCCGUCAACGUCGUCUCCGCCGUCCAGUCCUUCCGCGCCGGCUCCGAUAUAUUCGGGGGCAUAUUCCGGUGCUACGCGGUCGUCUUCUCGCUAUUCGUCGCCGUCCUCGAGACCGAGUGGGGGUUCAUCAUCCGUUUCUGGAAGAUAUUUGAAUACUGGCCUGCACGGGGAAUGCUCCAGAUCUUUGUUGCUGUCAUGACGAAGGCAUACCCAAGUAUUGAAAGGAAUGAUCUCAAAUUGCUCCAGGAGAUUGCCAGCUACAUGCUUCUUGCAUGUGGAGCUGUCUAUGUUGUCUCGGGGAUAUUGUGCAUUGGUGUGCUAAAACGUUCUAGGCAGCAGAAAGCAAUAUCACGGGAGCAAGCAGCCAAAGACCUGCAAGUAAGUACUUGGUUCAUACUUCAAAUGUGACAUCAUGGAAUCCUUUGAUUGGAUAUUUCUUUGUUUUGAGCUAUUGUCUUUUCGGUCUUUAAGAUACCCUUUCUGUGGCUUGUGCCUAAAUUUACUCACUGUUGCUCAGUUUCAUCUUCAGUAGUUCAAUUAUUCCGCUUUCAGUUACUGUGUCAUAAGAUUAUUCUUUUUCUUCAGCCCUGUUUGUUUUCUUCCCAUGUAUAGUUCAGGAGGUGUAGCUCAUUAGAAAAUAGAAAUAUAAAAAUCUGGCUUAAAAAAUGGUGCCCCUCUUUAACCCAAAAUGAUCACCCUGUUCUGCAGUGUUGUUUAUGCGUGUUGAAUUUAGAAUGCUAUGUUAUAAUUAUCCCGGGCCAUAUUGCAUCAAGUAUAAUAUGUGCUAACAGGAGAACUGCAUCUGGUUUCUAAAAGAGAGUAUGCACAACCUGCAAAAUCGAUAAUGGUGCCACAGACCAUUAUUAUUUUGUUGAUCAUAGCCAACCAAAGUCCAUUGGAUAGUGUAUUGCCAAAACCGCUCCACUUAGUUUCGAGGUUCAGGGUGCAGCCUAUAAAUAGCACAGGCAUAUUUUUGGGUCUGUACAUUGUUACUGCCAGCUCAUCUUUCCUCAUUUUCUCAAUUCGUAUGGUGUUUCAGGAGUUGGAGAAACGGAGAGAGGAACUUGAGGCAUUGUUACUUGCUGAACGGUCGGAGUUGGUUUGAAGGCUGACCACCGUGAUCUAACAAUUUAUCUUCUGUUGUAGAUAAAUGCUUUCUUUUUUCUUUUUCUAAUGAUAGCAUACUGCUUGGUCAUGGCCCUGAGUCAUUCAUCCAGAAGUCACUUGAUUGAAGUGUAUCUUCUUCUUUAGUUUCUGUGAGUAUGGAUCCUUUGUUAUGUUUAUACCAAGUCAACAGAUUCUAAAUUGUCUCUACUCUACAUAUUGAUGUGGCUUUGCAAUCGCUAGAUUCUAAACUUAUUAUCUCUAUUCUACAUGCUGAUGUUGCUUUGCAGUGACUUGGGCCUCACAUUUGACGUUUUGCAUUAUAGUGAUAUUUUGCAUCGGAUCCACUUUUCUUAAUUAUUACCGAUACAGAGUUGCAUAUGUUUCUGUUGUUAACACCAUGCUUUUUACGGACAGGGAUUGCAGCUUCCCUCUUGGUUUCAGCUGAAUUGUGGGCUUCUUGGUUUCAGAGCAUUGUAUUGAUUCAUCGUCUGGGGCUGUAAGAUUGCAGCAUGAAUUUGAUGUAGCACCCUGACUUGUGUCGUCCAAUCCUGUCGUGUACGCAUAAAUGCAUUGCUGAAUAAUUCACCUGAUUUUUGCACU